AUGGAAUUAAAAAACUUGCUAUUCAUUAUUGUUAGUGUAUCGUGCGUGGGAAAAAUCCACAGUGCGAAAAUUUUAGGUUUAUUUCCCUUAGCUGCGGGAAGCCAUUACAGUCUAGGAAACACAUUAAUGAGAGGACUGGCCGAAGCUGGACACGAUGUAACGAUGAUAAGUCCUCACAAUGAUACGAAUCCAGUUAAAAAUGGAAGUUACAGAAACGUAGUUUUAACCGGAUUUGUCGAAUCCUACGCAGCUACAAUGAAGAAAAUCAACUUGUUUAGCCAACAAACCAUGAACUCGUUCACUUAUUUGCUCAAAUUCCAAAAGGCUACCACCGCGUUAAUGGAGAAAACCUUCCAGCACCCGAAUAUCAUCGAACUUUGUAAUUCAAAUGAAACCUUCGAUGUUGUUAUAGUGGAACAAAUGACCUCCGAAGCCUUUAAAUACUUCGCCUAUCAUUUCAAAGGGCAUUUGGUGCUCUUCUCUUCGGUGGGCGCUGAGAGCAAAAUAAACUACGUUGUCGGUAACCCAACAAUGGUUUCGUUCACGCCACUAAUCGAUACAGAUUUCCCCAGAGACAUGACUUUGUAUCAAAGGAUUUACAAUUUCUUGCUAUACACGUUUGAGGCUGCUGUGUAUAAAUAUCACUGGUUGCCAUUUCUGGAUACUCUAAUCCAAAAGUAUUAUCCAGGAGCACCGUCAAUCUUCGAUAUAAACUACAAUGUUUCGUUGGUUCUGGUUAAUCAUCACGAAAGUAUACAAGAGAGCGUUCCACUGGUGCCCAAUAUUAUUCCAAUAGGUGGAUUCCAUGUGCAAAAACCGAAACCGUUGCCGAAAGAUUUGGAGGAAUUUUUGAAUCGGGCCUCAGAAGGUGUUAUUUACGUUAGUUUCGGUUCGGUGCUGAAAGUCGAGAACCUACCGGUCGAUAAAAAAGAAAUACUAAUCAGAACUUUCGCAAAUAUGAAGCAAAAAAUCCUGUGGAAAUGGGAAGGAGAUGAUGUUGAUAAUUUUCCGCCGAACGUUAAAACCGCUAAAUGGUUGCCACAGAGAGAUGUAUUAGCUCAUCCCAAUGUGAAACUGUUUGUAUUUCCUGGAGGAUUGCUCAGUCUAACCGAAGCUAUUUCUAAUGGUGUUCCAAUUUUAACGAUGCCAAUAAAUGCUGAUCAGGCAACAAACGGACAAAUAGCCGUAUCUAACGGAUAUGGUCUGAGCAUCACGUUCCGCGAUCCGAAUUUUUCUGAGGAAAAGCUAACUUCAAUGAUAAAUGAGUUAUUAAACAACUCAACGUUCAAGGAAAAGGCGAUGGAAAGGUCUCGAUUAUUCCACGAUCGAGAAGUUCAUCCGCUUCAGAAGGCUGUGUAUUGGAUUGAGCACAUCAUACGUCAUGGUGGUUCCCAUUUGAAAGUUUGGGGUGUAAAUUUGCCUUGGUACCAAUUUUAUUCCUUGGACGUACUCGGAAUUGUAGUAAUGAGCGUCGCAAUUUUACUUGCGAUUUUAUGUAGAAUUGUUAAAGUUUCGAGAAAAAUUAUUUGCAAUGUUACUCGAGGAAAUGUAGGAAAUAAGAGCAAGAACCAACAUCGAGGAAGUAAAAAAAUGAAGAAACAUUAGAACAGAUUAUGUUUGAUAAUCAGUCAUACAAUUUUGUAAUA